UGUCAACGUACAAUUUGUUGAUUCAUGGAUUGUUUAUGGAAGGUAGGGCGAGUGAAGCUGAUUGUAUGGUUAGAGAAAUGGAAGAGAAGGGAAUGGUUCCUGAUGCCAUUACGUAUAAUAUCCUUAUUAAUGGCUCAGCUCAGGUACCUAUCGCAUUCAAUUGUAUUGUUGAACUUGAUUCAGAAUGAACUGAUCGGGUUUAUGCAGAACGUCUUACUGUGCCAAGUAGUUUAGCUUAUUGUGAUUUGGACUCGGAAAUCAAUCAUCUAUGGUACACUCAUUUCGUGGCAAGGUAAUAUGCCGGGAAUCUUACGACUUUUACCAUCACUAUACUAUUGUUUUGUUGAAUAAGUCCACGAGAUAAUGAAAUAUCGCGAACAAGUGGGAACAUCGUAUUUGCCACACUCAUAUAUUGAAACAGCUUCACUCUCCACUACUUGCACUCCUAUAGUCCUUACACCGUUGAAGAGUCAGGAACUCUAAUUCCUAAAGAUCGAGGAUAGUCUACAUGCUUGAAAAGAAAACCAAGUUAUAAUAGGAAACAAAUUAAAUUAAUCAGCCUGGAAUCCAAACAACUCCAUUUAAUGGCCUUGACAGUUGAAAGUAACAGUAACACCAUUAAUCUUCUUCGUCAGGGGACACUUCCAUUUAGGAUAUCCAUUGUUUGGAGUGUCACUUAUAGCUGAGUGUCGUCUUGUGCAAUUAUGUGUGUGAAAAUACAUGCAUCAGGCACCAAAUGCUUUGAAAAAUUACCAGAAUGUACGUUUUCUGCUUUUAGCAUUCAGUGCCACUGCAAUGGCUUCAUGUAUUUAAGCUUUAUUCGGGGAUUGUGAAUUAAGCAUCUCCAGAUCAUGUACCAGUAACCCUGAUCUGUGGAGAAAAGCUUGCGAUGGGCACAUUCAUUGGGCACAUAGUACCUGGCUUUGCCCUCACCCUUCUUGGUUUAUGGCACACCGUCAACACUAUCAGAUCUUAUUUUCUCAAAGGCCCUAGUAACUUUAGAGUAAGGUUUUGGUACCCAUUGAACUGCCCUUUUCCCAAAAUUAAACACCUUGAACUCAUUUUCAUCUUAUCUUUCUCUGUAUUUGCAAUUAUUAUGCAAGUUCUAGACUUCCCGUUUCUUAACUUCUCCUUCAAGCUCCAUAAUUUGGAGCAUGCAACCAUGUUCCUCCACCUUGCCAUAUUUGCAGGGUUUACACUUUCAGCUGAGUUUAUUAACUCGUUUCAAAUCAUAUCUGGGGUUGUUGGAUUGCUUACGGCCUCUGUUUUCUGCCAAGAGCUUUUCCUUCUCCAUUUCCACUCCACUGACCAUGUUGGUCUUGAAGAGCAUUACCAUUGGUUAUUGCAGCUCAUAGUGUUUGCUAUGCGGCAAGGUUGGUGCUUUACUAUUUUCUUUGUGAAUGAUCCAAUUUGCUCCAUCAUUCUUUUUGUGCAGAAAGAUAUUCAUCGGAGGCUUGACAAAGAACACCACCUUGGGUUCGUGGAGAAUUGCUGCUUCCGAAGUGUAGAGCCUCUUUGGAUUAAGUGGAGUUCUCCGACAAGAGCUGGCUUCAAGCUUGGCAGAUAGUGUUACUCAAAUGUCUCAAGAUUGGCUAAUUCUAUGAUGAGUAGAGAAACUCAUACUAGAGACUGUGGUGCCUGAUGCUAAUGGAAAUGGUCCAGUUGACAACUAUAGCUAUGCAGAGCAAAGAUUGCCGUAGGUUGUCGAAUCUAAGUAUAUCAUGGAGGAUCCUUCUGCAGAACCGGUUCAUUUGAAAGUGCAAUGAAUGUUGUACAAGAUCACCUGCCUUCAUCUGUUGAGGAACAUAUUUAAGAGCCCCAGAAGCAGACCUAUGCUUCAAAGUUAUGCGUUGCUAAAGGACAACCUGCAUUAUCUGCAGCUCCUUAGCAUUCAGUUGACAGGAGUGCACCACUGGCUUCAGAUUGGAAUGAUCGUCCGAUGCAGUUGAAAGGCCUGUAGCAGAGUCCCCAUGCCAUUCCCCUAGGUAUAAGAGGCGAUCCUCAGUCUGCGCCCCAUUUUUUUCUUCCCUUUCGCUCUACCAGAGUUUCAUAAUUCUCUCUUGCUCUGAAAACCGGAGCUAAGAUGCCUUCUUUGGGCUUAGGAACUUCGCAGUCCAGCCCUGGCUUGGUCAGUGACGCUGCCGCUGCCAUCAAGGUUUUCCUUUCCCCUUUUACUCAAUCUUCUCAAAGAUUGAAGAAAAUAACCUUAGGAUUGUUGAAUUUUGUACCCAAUUGAGAUCAAAUUUCAGUCUUUUUGUGAUUCUUCUAAUUGCGGGCAGGAUAUGGGCAUAUUGAUUGGGCUCCACUCUAUGGCAAUGAGGAGGAGGUAUCAAUUGGAACUGUGUAUGAAAGCUUUGGAGGAGAACAUAAUUGUCUAUCUGGAAACUGGUUGUGGAAAGACCUACGUAGCCGUGUUGCCUAUGUAUGAACCAGUUGAUACUCAAACCUCAGAAGAACAUGUGUGUUCUGUGUCCUGGAGAUCGUUGUGGUAUAUAUGGAUCAAAUUGCUCCCAAUGGAUUAUUGCAAUAGAGAUUUUGAAGCCUGACAUGUUUCUAAAGAAGAUGGAGAGAGAGGUUAGAAGAAGAGGAAGAGGAAGAGGAGAUUGAGUAUCAUUUGCUAGGACUGAAGACCACUAAAUGCUGAAGAAUGGAGUGGAUUUAUGUUAUUAUGCAUAUAUAUGGUCAAGUAAUGUUUAAAUGUACUGUUAUGAACGUUGUCAAAUAGCAUUGGUAGUAGUAUAUAUGUCAAGUUCGCUGAUUUAGUUUCCUUUUGAGACAUUGGACUGUAAGAGUUUGUGUGACAUAUUAGAAUCUGCUUCUUGUUGGCCCCGUGGCUGGCAAUCUUAAAUAGAUUCAGCCGUGUAUGCUAGAGCUAUUAGUUGAUUUUCUGCUUCAGAUGAUG